CACAGUCUCAGAUCUCUGGACUCCGUCAGACGGUUCAGGAGGGAACUGACACUGAGAUCCAGAAACUCCAAAUAUUUAUUAUAUUUGUUGUUGUUAUAAUUUAUAUUUAUAUUUGUCAUCAGUAUAUAAAGUAUUAUUUGAAUACGUAGAGAGGAAGAGGAGGAUGGGAUUCGCUGAGCUGCUGGAGGAGGCUGGGGGCUUUGGCAGAUAUCAAUGGCUCCAUGUGACUCUCAUCAGUUUGCCUGGUCUGAUGAUGGCCAGUCAGAACCUGCUGAACAACUUCGUCUCAGGAAGUCCCGCCCACCACUGCAGCCUACCGACCAAUCAAAGCAGCCGAUACAACCUGUCCCACUACCAGGUAGAUGAUAAGCAGCUUCUGAGGGCCUUCAUCCCGAUGGACUCUUCAGGAAGUAGACUGGACCGCUGCAGGAGGUUUGUGGAGCCUCAGUGGCAGCUGUUAGCGGCUAACAGCUCAGCUAACGUUAGCCAGAUCCCAACCGAGGGAUGUUUGGACGGAUGGGCCUACGACCGCUCAGAGUUUCUCUCCACCACCGUGUCCGAGUGGGACCUGGUCUGUGGUCUUCGGCCUCUCAAACAGAUGAUCCAGACCAUCUAUAUGGGGGGCGUUCUGACAGGAGCCAUUGUGUACGGAGGGCUGUCAGACAGGUAUGGGAGGCGGUCUGUGCUGAUCUGGUCCUACCUGCAGCUGGGGGUCCUGGGCUGCAGCUCGGCUUUUCUUCCCUCGUACUCCACCUACUGCGCCUUCAGGUUCCUGAGCGGCAUGGCUGUCUCUGGAGUCAUUCUGAACGGAUUCUGUCUGAAGGUGGAGUGGAUCCCCAUCAAACAGAGGACUCUGGUUGGAACUCUCACUUCCUUCUUCUUCACGUUUGGUCAGAUGAUCCUGGCGGGGCUUGCCUAUUGGCUGAGAGACUGGAGGAAAAUUCAGCUGGUGGUGUGUCUGCCCCAGUUCCUGUUCUUCUCCUACUCCUGGUGGUUCUCGGAGUCGGCCCGCUGGUUGGUUCUGAAUCGUCGUUCUGAAGAUGCUCUGAGGUCUCUGCACCGAGUCGCUCGAGUCAACGGGAAGAAAGACAUCGAGGACACGUUAACGCUGGAGGUGCUGCACUCUCACAUGAAGAAGGAGAUGGACUUGAGCCACUCGACCUUCACGGCGUACGACCUUCUGAGGACGAGACAAAUGAGACGCAUCUCCAUCUGCCUGCUGGUCGUCUGGUUUGCCACCAGCUUUGCGUAUUAUGGUCUGGCGAUGGACCUGCAGAAGUUUGGGGUGAGUAUCUACCAGAUCCAGCUGAUCUUCGGGGCCAUGGAUUUUCCCGCCAAGCUGUUGGCUCUGGGCAUGCUCAGUUACCUGGGGAGACGAGUCUCUCAGGCCACCUGCCUGUUCGUCUCCGCCCUCUUCAUCUUCGCCAACAUCCUAGUCCCUGCAGACAUGCAGACGGUUCGCACCACGCUGGCCUGUCUGGGUAAAUGCUUCACCUCGGCCUCCUUCACCACCGUGUACCUAUACACAGGUGAGCUGUACCCCACCGUGCUCAGGCAGACAGGAAUGGGCUUUGUUUCCACCAUGGCGAGGGUCGGCAGCAUGGCGGCGCCCGCGGUCCUGAUCCUUGAUGAGGUACUCCCUGCUCUGCCCAGUGUUGUUUACGGGGGGGCGGCGGUGAUAGCCAGCGUCUUCGCCUGCUUCCUGCCGGAGACGCUCAACAAGCCGCUGCCCGACACCAUCGAGGACGUGGAGGAGAACGGGUCGGAAACAAAUCUCGCCCCUCUCAAACCAGAAGAAGGCGUGGCUUUGAAAGAGGGCGUGGUCACAACAGAGGGCGUGGCUUUAACAUAACUGAAGGAGGCAGAGGGGAGUGGCCUCAACGCUCUCUGACCAAUCACAUGGACUCUGACCCCCCAAUGCUCUGACCAAUUACAUGGACCCUGACCCCCCAACGCUCUGACCAAUCACACGGAUCCUGACCCCCCCUACGCUCUCUGACCAAUCACAUGGACCCUGACCGCCCAAUGCUCUGACCAAUCACACGGAUCCUGACCCCUCAACGCUCUCUGACCAAUCACACGGAUCCUGACCCCCCCUACGCUCUCUGACCAAUUACAUGGACCCUGACCCCCCCAACGCUCUGACCAAUCACACGGAUCCUGAUCCCUCAACGCUCUCUGACCAAUCACAUGGACCCUGACCCCUCAACGCUCUCUGACCAAUCACACGGAUCCUGACGGCCCCAAUGCUCUGACCAAUCAC